AUGUAGUUCAUCUUUUAUUUUGAAAUCCAUAGCAAGCACAGGAAGUUGGUUCCGGUGUAAAUACGCGCAGUGUACUUAUUUUAUCGUAGUACAUAACUCUAAUGCUAGCCACACUCAUAUUAGAUUUAAAUUCGAAUUGCUAAUAAGGUUUUGGGGUCUUUAACUCGACGCAUAGUCUGUUUACUCGACGGUAAUUAAAUACCCUUGUUGGCUGGCUAGCUGACUUGAGUGGAUAGUUAGCUUAGUGUUGUGCUUUAUAGGUAGUUACUAGAGCUAGGCUACCGAGACUAGGAACUGACUAGCUACUGUAGCUACAGAAGCUUGCUAAAAAUGACGCGACAUGGGAAAAAUUGUACAGCGGGGGCCGUAUACACUUACCACGAGAAGAGAAAAGACACGGCGGCAUCUGGUUAUGGGACACAAAGUGUGCGUUUGGGCAAAGAUGCAAUUAAGGACUUUGACUGCUGUUGCCUUUCACUACAGCCGUGCAGGGACCCUGUUGUAACUCUGGAUGGAUACUUGUAUGAGAAGCAGGCCAUCCUGGAGUACAUGCUUCACCAGAAGACAGAUAUUGCCAAGAAAAUGAAGGCCUACGAGAAGCAGAAACAGGCUCAGAAGAGUGACAGUCGACUUGAGUCAAAGUCAGAGGAGAGGGAGAGGGCUGAGAGAUUCAAAACCAGGGAGAACAGUAUUGUGUCCAAGCCCAUCAACCCCUUCACCUCAGGCUUGACCAAGGACGGCCAGACGGUUAGGACAGACAGUCAGAGCAACGCCAGCAUCUCAGCCAGUUCUUCCAUGACGGACUCCUCCUCCUCUGCUCCUGGGUCCAGCUCCUCCUCUGCUCCUGGGUCCAGCUCCUCCUCCUCUGCUCCUGGGUCCAGCUCCUCCCAGAGCCUACCCAGCUUCUGGAUCCCCAUGCUAACGCCUGAAGCCAAACCCACCUUACUAAAGAAACCAAGUAAGACGGUGCUGUGUCCGAUGUCGGGGAGGCCCCUGAAGAUGAAUGAGCUCAUCCCUGUGCGCUUCAAAGCCCUAGACCCUAGCCUGGACCGGGUGGCCCUUCUCACACGACAGGAGAGGUAUGUGUGUGCAGUGACCAAAGACACUCUGGGAAACAGCACCCCCUGCUCCGUCCUGCGGCCUUCUGGAGCUGUGGUGACACAGGAGUGUGUGGAGAAGCUGAUCAGGAAGGACAUGAUUGACCCUGUGACUGGAGACAAACUCAAAGAGAAAGACAUCGUACCACUACAGCGGGGAGGAACUGGCUUUGCGGGCUCUGGAGUGGGACUCAAAGCCAAAGAAUCAAGGCCAGUAAUGCAGGUGUAAAAGACAGGUGGUGCAGGUAGAGAAGAGGGAGAGUUGGAGGAGGAAGUGGGAUGGCGGAGGGUGGAGGGUGGAGUCUUGUAGAUAUUGAUUGGGUAAAGCCAACUGUUGGGUCUUUUCUCAUUUGUUGUUUUAUGUACUGUAGUUAUUUCAUUUCAUUUCCUUCACGUGGACAAAUACAGAUACACACACAUCCACAUAGUGAAUCAUCACUCACUGAUUUGGCAACAUGGUGUCUGUCCUCAAUUUGAUGAAAAAUAAAGUUGAUUGAGUCAUAGACAAGUA